GUUGCUUAUAUCUGUGCUGUUUCUUCACUGGAGACAGAACUCCUACUACUGCCUGAACUACUGGACACAGGGCCUCUAUCACCCUGCUACUGCCUACACUACUGGACACUGGUCCUCUACUACUGCCUACGCUACUGGACACUGGACUUCUUGCAACACAGAUAUAGUUUCAAUAUGAGGCUCCUGGCAGUACUCUUAGUUAUCAUGAUUUCUUUUGGAGCCACAGCAGAUGAAGGACAGCCAUGCCAAUCUGAAAUAACAUCUAUUUUACAGAAGGUCGAUGAAAUAUAUGAUGCCAUCUACAAUGGAGUUCCUGUUCAAAACAAUGAAGAUAAAGCUAUAUAUGCCUCCUGUAAGCUACAACCAAACCCAAAAUUGGAUGCUGAUGAACUCAAAAUCAUGGGACAGGUCUUGUUCAAACAGGUCUAUCCAAACGGGGAGUUGGAAGCAGUAUUCUCCAUAGAAGGUUUUCCUCAGGAUGUCAAUCAGUCUGUAAGAGCAAUUCAUAUCCAUGACUUUGGUGAUCUCAGUAAUGGCUGCGAUUCUGCGGGAGGACAUUACAAUCCAUUUUCUGUAGACCAUCCAAACCAUCCGGGGGAUUUUGGUAAUUUCCGUGUCCGUAAUGGCAAGAUCCAGCAGUACCUCAUAAAUCUUGGAGCGAAAUUGUUUGGUCGAGUGAAUGUAAUUGGAAAAUCAAUAGUUGUACAUAAGAUGGCUGACGAUCUUGGCAAAGGCAAUAACCGAGCUAGUUUGGAAAAUGGAAAUGCAGGUGCACGACUUGCCUGUUGUGUGAUUGGGACAACCAAUAAAAUUAGUUGGGAAAAAUACAUGGAAGAGAAUGAAAAGUUAAAAAACCAGAGGGUUGCAAGGCGUGUCAACAAGCAGCAAAAGAAGCCAAAAUAA